GUCACUCAUCUGUGCAAUUGUUUACUAUCUGAAACAAAAACAAUAAAUUUAAUAAAACACAAAAAUGACGCUUGAUCUGGAAGCGCAAAAUAAAGAUGAAAAGCUGCUCCUUGCAACCAUACAACAGGAGUACAAGAUUCUUGCUGAGUACAAAAUGAUUGAAUCAGAGAAGCUAUCCGGAGUGUAUGUUAUUCCCAGCUAUGAAAACUCUUUGCAAUGGUUUGGAGUUUUCUUUGGACGCCAGGGCUUCUAUGAAAAGGCCGUAUUUCGUUUCUCAAUACUAUUGCCUGAUCGCUUUCCCGAUGACAAGUCACUUCCCGCCAUUAUCUUCCAGCACAACGUAGUGCAUCCUCUCGUUUGUCCAUACACAUUUAGUCUUGACAUUAGCAACGCCUUCCAGGAGUGGCGCUGCGGCGAAGAUCAUCUGUGGCAAGUGCUUAAGUAUAUGCAGGCAUUGUUCGCAGAUCCAUUAGAAAGCAUACGGAAUGUGCCUCCGAAUAAGGUGCCUAACGCCGACGUGGCACAGCUGCUGAAAAGUAAUCGGGAAGCGUUUGUAGCGCGCGUCCAAAAGAGUAUAACUGACAUAAUGACGCAUAUCUAUGACAAGCCGCCCACAGAUGAUCCGCACUUUAUAGUAUUCGAAAAAUUCCAAGCAGAUGUUCAUGGCCCGGUUAUGGAGCACAUACGUAAGAACAAGAGUCCAAGCGCUUCAACUGAAGGCAAUGGCGGUGGCGCAGCUACUGGACUCUCAUGGGUUAAAGUGCAGGAGGGCGAGUUUAAGCCUUUGAGCAUUGAGUAAAUUUAAUAAGCUAUAUACUAUGUACAAACCCUAUAUACAAAGAAUUGUUAUGACUUCUAUUAAAUAUUUAACUCGUGAUUGUGAGCAUCAGUU